AUGAGCAUCCCUCAAACCAUAGGACUCCAGGAAGUAAAGCCAUCCAAUGCAAAACAGCGUGUCAAGGCCUACCUGAGUCAGGUCAGCGGUCAGAAGUGGCUUCUGAUUUUUGACAAUGCCGACGACAUGGACAUGUGGGUUGGGGACAGCCAUAGCACCACGGAACUGGCAAACUUUUUGGCUCCAAGUGAGCAUGAGCAUAUCCUCUUUACCACUCGCAAUCGGAAGCUGGCGGUGAGACUGCAGUUUUCUAUUGUCGACGUCUCUGAGCCAGAUAAAGAGUCUGGCAUCAAGAUUCUGGAAGAGGCAGUGCAAAAGAAAGAGCUGCUCGAGAGUAGGGAUAAAAGAAUCGCCCUUCUUGAGCAGUUGACCUUUUUGCCACUGGCAAUCACUCAGGCAGCGGCAUAUAUCAACUCCAAUGAUAUUCAGCUCUCUGACUAUAUUGCACUGUUGAAAGAGCAAGAGUCCGACGUCAUUGAGUUACUUAGUGAAGACUUUGGAGAUGAUGGGCGGUAUCAAGACAUUCAGAACCCAGUUGCCACAACAUGGUUAAUUUCAUUUCAGCAAGUUCAACGGUUGGAACCGCUAGCAGCUGACUAUCUGUCAUUCAUGGCGUGUGUCAACCCACGUGAUAUUCCGCGUUCUCUACUCCCCGAGGCUCCCUCACCAAAGAAGAAGAUUGAUGCAGUCGGUCUGCUCAAGGCGUUCUCCUUCGUGAGUGAGCAAGUUGGAGACCAUGCUCUAAGUGUUCAACGACUAGUGCACCUCUCAACUCGAAAUUGGCUAAGGAGGGAGCAGCAAUUUAGCCUACAAAUUCAAAAAACAGCCAACCAUCUAAACCAGGUUUUUCCAGACACCCUUUGAAGGUGAGCAAAUCACCCCCGAAG